UAAACAAUUUGUAAAUUGAGGAUUAAUUUAAUUCAUUCCACUAUUUUUUAAUUCAGUGAUGACUAUUUAUCAUUUAUAUAUUUUUGAUAAAUUCGGCACUAUGCUAUAUUAUGCCGAAUGGAACCGUACAAAAAAAUCUGGUGUUAGCAGAGAAGAGGAAGCGAAACUUACUUAUGGAAUGCUUUUUUCAAUAAAAUCAUUCGUAAGUAAAAUAUCUCCACAUGAUCCCCGCGAAGGAUUUCUUUACUACAAAACGAACCGAUAUGCGCUCCACUACAUGGAAACACCUUCCGGCCUAAAGUUUGUGCUGUAUACCGACACUGCUGCGUUGAAUGUGAAAGAACUGUUACAGCAGUUGUAUAGCAAAAUUUGGGUAGAAUAUGUCGUACGUGAUCCACUUUGGAAUCCAGGCACACCCGUAACAUCGGAGUUGUUUCAAACGAAGUUAGAUGAAUUCAUAAAGCAGUCCGCUCUGUAUGGCAUACGUAAUAUAUAAGACAUAAUAAUCAUUAGUGGAAAUUUACUUUAUUUAAACAUUUCUGUUCCGUUGGGUGACCAUUAGCUCAAUAUAUAUCAUUAAAUAUUUCUGAAUUUAAUACAAAAUACUUGUAUUUAUCUAAUUAAUUUUACUUGAAAGUACUGCCUACUGAUUUCGAUCAAAAACUUCCCCUUAGUUUUUAGAUUAUGCUUCAGUAUAUAACCAUUCCGAACGAAUUUGUUAAGAUUUUUCUCAAUGUUGGUUAGUAAUAAAACAGUGCAGAUAACAAUAUGUUGUA